CUGCAGUUCCUGGGAAGGUCCUUGGUUCAUAUACGUGGCUGCCCUGCGAGGCCGCUAUCAUUACCCCAGUACGGCCGGGCUGCGCCAGACAGGUAACGGGCUAGAGCUUGUUCCCCACCCCCUAGACUUAGUAGGCCUCAAGGGGACAGGACAAUCAUCCAACAUAGUAAGAAGUUAGAAGAGCGUCGACCACCGUGCAGCUCAGAUGUACUAUUGCUAGCGUUCUUUGUCUACAAGUAGAGCGCGUGUAGAAGUGGGUUCCUCUUUCGAUAAGAACAUUUUGUGGGCCCGUGAGGUAAUCAGGGCACCACUAUGGCCAAAGUGUCCAACAACAGAAACGACAGCUCAGCAUCAACCACUGCUUUGUUAUUAUGGGCUAUUCAGGAUUUAUCGAACAAUAACAAUCAUUCCCCUGCAACUUAUCAUCAAAUAUGGAGUAGGCUACGUCGGCGCAAAGUGAAUGUGGUAGAAGCCUUGCAGGAAUUUUGGCAGAUGAAACUAGCUCGAGGGGCGGACUUGAAGAACGGAGCCCUCGUUAUAUAUGAAUCUGUGCCAUCAUCCAGUCCUCCCUAUGUGUGCUAUGUCACGCUUCCUGGUGGUAGCUGUUUCGGCAGCUUUCAGAACUGUCCAACAAAAGCAGAAGCAAGACGUAGUGCUGCCAAAAUCGCCCUUAUGAAUUCGGUGUUUAACGAACAUCCCUCCAGAAAAAUUUCGGACGAUUUCAUCGAGAAAGCUGUUGCAGACGCAAAAGCGUCAUUCAAGGGCAACCCCGAUGGGCCUGAAAGUAGCAACAACGGUAUUGAGGCUUUCCAGUUUAUGCUAGAAACCAACAAAGGGCGCACCAUGCUGGAGUUCCAGGAACUUAUGACCGUCUUCCAACUACUUCACUGGAAUGGAAGUUUAAAGGCUAUGCGUGAACGACAGUGUUCCCGCCAAGAAGUUGUUGCCCAUUACUCUCACCGCACUCUAGAUGAUGAUAUGCGUUCGCAGAUGGCGCUGGAUUGGAUCGCUCGUGAGCAAGAAUCGUCUGGCAUAAUCUCCAGAGAAUUGGGAAAUGCAGAGCGCGAGCUGGAAGCCGCUAGAUUGGCGGGGCGGGAACUGAGGUUUCCCAAAGAAAAGAGAGACAUUCUGAUGUUAGCCUGCAGUCAGGUGAAUUCAGUGAAUGGCCUGAGUUAAAUUUGUCUAUCUCGACCUAGUGCUUGUACAUAUUGUAAAUAGUGAACUGAAUAUCUGCUUCUGUAGGAGGCCGGCAUGUUGUUUUGUGAUGUAUGUGUGAUCCCCGGGCACUGCCAUUAAGGGCAAGGUUUUGUUCGUGUUAUCCAACUUAUUCCAACCAGGAGUAAUUCCAAUAUUAGUCUUUUUUGUAAUUUAUUUCUAAUCUCCCUGAAGUUUUGGGUGUACACAAUUAAAAGUCUUAUGUCUGACUGUGGUUCCUGGUGGUUGUGCCCAAAACUGUGGAGUCAGCUGCUUGUGAUAGUUGUUUGCCUGCUCCACGAUAAUUUGUAGUUAGCGUCGAUCUUGUAGUGGCUUCAGUAACUAGAUAGUGCGUUGGUUCCAAACAAUCUGUAUAAUAACUGUGGUCUUUCUGUUGCUGUCUAGGCAUAGCAGGUAGCAGUGAGGUUUAGAAGCAGGAAACUGCAUUUAGUUGUAUCAAACUACUUUUCACAAGAUACACAAAUGAUGAAUAAUUUAAAAAAUACAUUUAGGGCCAAACUCACGAACUGUCUUUCCUUGUUUAAGAUAUAGUAUCAAUAAGAGAUUGUAAUAAAAUUUGCACUUUUUCUUUAUACAAGCCACAAAAUGUAUUUCAUUAUUUCGUACAUAAAAAUAUUAAGAGAAAGUUAUGGAAAUUCGUAAAUAAAAGUAGGUCUUUUUAGUUACUGAUUUUUAUAAUUAUAAUUAGGCCAAUAACAUAAAUAACGGUCAUCUAUUUGAAGUGAAUUUAUAAUCGCACAAAAAUAUUGUAUAAUCUAUAUUUAAAAGUUUAAUUGAGUCUCUACUCCUGUUAUCAUCAAUAUUUCUCAUCAUGAAAGUGAAUUUUUUUACACGCUUUAAUAACAACAAAAAUAAUCCCACGAUAUUAUUUUUCUGACUUAGUAAUAAUACUAUGUUAUGGUUUAGCUAUCCAUUGUUAAUUAUUUUUUUCUUGCCCAACUGGUUCAACGGUAAGCCCGAGGGCUUAUAAUGGUAAAAAUAGGGUUUCAAUACACGCGGUGAGCAUAUCACAUAGUGUAGCUUUGCGCUUAACAGAAAUAAAAACGUUUUCAUUUCAAAGUAUUGAGACUUUCCCCCCCUCAUUCUCGAGACUUAUGCGUUCAUUGACCACCCCUGUUAGUAACAAAAUAAGUAAUGCCUAAAAAGUACGGUAUUUUACUCGUUUGUAGUAACAUAUAUGUGUGUAUAUAUUUGGCUUAUUCGUAUAAGAAAGUUGUUUUAGUCAGGGUUAUGUAAACAACAUUGCAUUUGUCUGUCAAUUAAGGAUCUCAUCACUGUAUGUAGACGUGAGACUAACAGUUUGUGAAAACGUACCUGUUAGUUGCCAAUCCCCUUCUUUAAACAGCCACUGGCUUAACUCCCGAUGCUGUGGCUCAGAUAGGACUGAAGUCUAAAACUGUAUAAAGUGUUAAAACUAAAAGUCUGGAAGCGUACAGCCACAAUUGCUACAUACCAAUUGAAUUUACGAUCCUAUUCCCUAAUACAAAAACCUAAACAAUGCCAGGAGUGGAAAAAUGAUUUAUCGCCAGAAAUAAAAUGUUAUUACUGGAAUAUUAUCUUUUGUCUGAUUACUUCCAUAUCCAAUAAAUUAUGAAAACCAAAAUGUUUAAAGCGUCAUUGCUAUGAUAUGAAUAUUUAUAUAUAUUUUCUUUGUAAUUUAAAUAGUUGUGGCGUUAAAAAAGAACUUAGUAGUUGGAGUUUAGAAGGUUGGAAAUAGGAAGUGUAGAUUUAGUCUACUCUAACAUGGAAGUUUAUAUUUAUUACAGAAUCUUGGAGUCUGACAUAAGUAAUCAAACGAUAACUUCAUAUAUUUAAUUUUCAGCUUCUUGUUUAGCACGUUUCACGUAGGUUCUUCAGAUAGAUGGUGACCAUAAAUGUAUGCAAUUGUAUUUUUUUGCUGUGAGAUUUAUAUCUAUUUUAAUA